GAAUACGGGUCGGCGCCAUUGACAAGGGAGUGUGCAGCGGGAGUGCUAUAUAUUGAUGGUCUUGCGCCAUGUGGUCGUAGUUUUGUUCUUACAUCGACCCCAUCACCGUCGAGCUGUAGGGAAGGAAGUUUUAAGGCUAUCCCUUCUUCGUCAUCCUUGGUCAGGAAAAAAAGAAACAUGCGUGAGUGCAUCUCCAUCCACGUGGGCCAGGCUGGUGUCCAGAUUGGCAAUGCAUGCUGGGAGCUCUAUUGCCUGGAGCACGGCAUCCAGCCGGACGGGCAGAUGCCCAGUGAUAAGACCAUCGGAGGAGGGGACGACUCCUUCAACACCUUCUUCAGUGAGACGGGAGCAGGCAAGCACGUCCCCAGGGCUGUGUUUGUGGAUCUGGAGCCCACUGUAAUUGAUGAAGUGCGCAGUGGGACUUACCGCCAGCUGUUCCACCCUGAGCAGCUCAUCACUGGAAAAGAAGAUGCUGCCAACAACUACGCUCGCGGCCACUACACCAUCGGCAAAGAGAUCAUCGACCUGGUGCUGGACAGGAUCCGCAAACUGGCGGACCAGUGCACAGGCCUGCAGGGCUUCCUGGUCUUCCAUAGCUUUGGAGGAGGUACCGGCUCUGGUUUCACCUCCCUGCUGAUGGAACGCCUGUCUGUUGACUACGGCAAGAAAUCCAAGCUGGAGUUCUCCAUCUACCCAGCUCCCCAGGUGUCCACAGCUGUGGUGGAGCCCUACAACUCCAUCCUGACCACCCACACCACCUUAGAGCACUCUGACUGCGCCUUCAUGGUCGACAACGAGGCCAUCUAUGACAUCUGCCGUAGAAACCUCGAUAUCGAGCGCCCCACCUACACCAACCUCAACAGGCUCAUUGGCCAGAUUGUAUCCUCCAUCACAGCCUCCCUACGAUUCGAUGGUGCCCUCAACGUUGAUCUGACAGAGUUCCAGACCAACUUGGUGCCCUAUCCCCGAAUCCACUUCCCUCUGGCUACCUAUGCCCCAGUGAUCUCUGCUGAGAAGGCUUACCAUGAGCAGCUUUCUGUGUCAGAGAUCACCAAUGCCUGCUUUGAGCCAGCCAAUCAGAUGGUGAAAUGCGAUCCCCGUCACGGUAAGUACAUGGCCUGCUGCCUGUUGUACCGUGGUGACGUGGUGCCCAAAGACGUAAACGCCGCCAUCGCCACCAUCAAGACCAAACGCACCAUCCAGUUUGUGGACUGGUGCCCCACUGGUUUCAAGGUUGGCAUCAACUACCAGCCGCCCACCGUGGUUCCUGGUGGAGACCUGGCCAAGGUGCAGAGAGCGGUGUGCAUGCUGAGCAACACCACCGCUAUCGCCGAGGCCUGGGCCCGCCUGGACCACAAGUUCGAUCUGAUGUACGCCAAGCGCGCCUUCGUGCACUGGUACGUGGGAGAGGGCAUGGAGGAGGGAGAGUUCUCUGAGGCCAGAGAAGACAUGGCCGCCCUGGAGAAGGAUUAUGAGGAGGUGGGGGUUGACUCAAUGGAAGGUGAUGGUGAAGAUGAGGGUGAAGAAUAUUAAAGCCUGAAUUCAUGAUUGAAUAGAAAGCUGAGAUACAAUUCCUCUCGAAAAAGAACAAAUAGAAAAAUGCCUGUUGUCUCAUGCUAAACGUGUCUGUGUUUGAAAAUACACUGUGCUACGGUCUGUGUGCAAGACACGGGAAAACGUAAAACAACAUUGUAGAAGAGUUGAGUUGCUCUCCAAAUAAAGACAUCUAUGUAACCCUACCCUCCUGUGGGCCUCAAUAAAAUGCUAUUUCCUGUGCUCACUCUUA